AUGCCAAUUGUUCCCAAAGAAUCAUCAAUGGGAACCGAUGAAGAAAUCUUGAAGAAUUCGAAAAAAUUGGAUUCAUCGAGUCCCCUUAGUUUGACUACACCGUGUCUUACCGAUGAACUCGACUGGUCGCUAAAUCUUAACGAUUUCGAACUGAGUCUUCUCCAUGAUUUUAUUAGGGAUGGCGGGAAUGGGAGUUCUCCUCCUCCCGAUGAUGAAACCCUUGCCGUAAUUUCCACAAAUGUCGAGUUAUCCACAGCACCACCACAACACCACUCAAAAUCGCCGGAGAAUUCACCAAAUUUACCGGCCAUGGCCGCAAGCCCGCAACUCAUCCCGAGUGGUGGUCUGGUGGAAGCCGCCAUGGCCUUCGAUAGAGCAGCUGUAAAGUACCGUGGAUUAGGCGCCGUGCUUAACUUCCCGGAAUUAAUUGGAACCCACGAUCAAAGCCCUGAGAGUAUUCCACAAAGAAAAGCUCGCCGUCGCCGAAGUCGGAGAGUUUGUCGUUGGCUCCGUCGCAGGAAUCGUCAACCACCUGAAAGAGGAGACACUGUACAUGCAAAAUAG